AUGGCAAACAGAAUCGGCAUAUUUCCAGCGUCUGGGGGCCUUGGAGGCAGCACCCUCAGACACCUUCUUGCACAAGUUCCUCCCAGCGAUGUGGUGCUUAUCGCUCGUAGCCCAGAGAAACUCAGCAAAGAGGAAGCUGCUGGAGCCACUGUUCGAAAGGCCGAUUACGACGAUGUUCAGACACUGGACCAGGUUUUUGAUGGAAUUUGGUCUCUGAACUUGAUUUCCUACGCUAGUAUCCAAAAUGAGCAUCGAUUCAAUGCACACAGAGCCGCGAUCGAUGCAGCUCGAAAGAGUGGUGUGAAGCACAUAUUUUACUCAUCUCUUGCGUUUGCUGGAGAUGGAAAUCUUGAAACCAAGGCCCAAGUGAUGCUUGCUCAUGUCGCCACGGAGAAAUAUUUGGCUGAGCUACACGACCAGGACCCACAGUUCACAUACACUGUUGUUCGGCAAGGGGUAUAUUCUGAGUCCUUCCCAGUCUAUACCGCUUGUUUUGAUCUCAAAGCUCCGUCUGACGAAAUUUGCAUCCCUCACGACGGCUCAGGCCCCGGUAUUGCAUGGGCCAAACAAGACGAGUUGGGGGAGGCAACCGCAAAUCUGAUUGCACAACACGCCAAAGAUCCCGCUACUUUUCCCUAUCUAAACAAAACUAUCAUUCUCUCUGGCGCUCGUGCUUUGUCUCUUAAUGAGACAGUGGAUACAUUCAGCCGUGUGCUCAACAAAUCGGUGAAAAUUUGCCAGGUUGAUGUGGAAGAGUACGCCAAUCAACCACAGGUUCAAGCGAGCCUUGGAUAUGGUGGUGGCAACUGGGCGCCCCUCUGGGCGACUGCUUUUGAUGCAAUCCGCGAUGGUGAAUGUGCAGUAGUUACUUCAAAUCUUGCUCGAUUGCUUGGCCGCGAACCUGAGCAAUUUGAAACAACUCUUAGGAGGAUGGUUUCGCAGUGA